AUGAAGGCAUUCCCGUGUCUGCUGGCUCUUGCCAGCCUAUUCCAGGCUGGAAGGGGAGCGCCUCACAGGGAACUCAGACCCUUGCGAAUUCGCGCCAACACAAUCUCGCCAGGUCAGGCGAACCAGGUCCACCCCGUGGUGGUCGGCGGCCCCCAGGACCUCUUUGUGCCCAACAUGAUCCGCGCCAAGGUCGGAGACAUUGUCCAGUUCCAGUUCAGCAACGGAAACCACACCGUCACCGAGGGCAUCGAGGGCUCCGGCUGCCAGCCACUGCAAAAGUCCGACCCGCAAGCCAUCCACAGCGGACAUCUCCCCUACCAAAACGGCGACAAGGACGUCAAGACUUUCAACCUGGUUGUAAACGACCUGAACCCCAGGCUUCUGUACUGUGCCACCGGGCCCCAUUGUCAAACCGGUCAGGUCAUGGCCAUCAACCCGAGAGAUGAGCAGCAAUUGAUCAAUUACAUGAAGUCGUCACAGCAAGCAAAGGAAAACGUUGACGCUGGCAGUGUCUCUGGCGGGGUUGUUGGCAAGAUUGCUCUCGAGGAUGCUGCAUUUAUACCAGCACCGCCAGAGGCUCACUAG